CCAACCUAUCAUGCUUUUCCUAAGCACGCUUAUAUUAUUAUUUGCAUUUGACAAUAUAACUUGCUUCUUUUACGAUACUAAAAUCAUCGGUGGAUAUGAGGUCAAAAAUAGAUCAGAUUUUGCUUAUCAGGUUUGCAAAACCUUUAUUAAUCAUCAACCACACCAAUGUCUUGCAAAACCUUUAUUAAUUAUCAACCACACCAAUGUCAUCUAUUAUUUCCAGGCUUUGCUUCUCUACAAAAACGCACCUUAUUGUGGAGGAACAAUAAUUGACAAAAAACACAUUUUAACAGCUGCUCAUUGCUGCAAGUCCCAGGAAGACCUGAAUCUCUCAGAAAUGACAGUUGUUAUAGGAAAUUUGGAUUUAUACUCCUAUGAUAAGCCUUGCGUCAAAAAAGUCCAAAAUAUUUUUAUUCACGAAGAAUUUGAUUUGAGUACACUAACAAACGACAUAGCUGUGAUACGACUUGUAGAUAAUCUCGAAUUUUCGAAAGACAUUCAGGCUAUAAACUUAACAAUAGACCACUUAAGUUCUGGCAAUUGUAACGUAUCAGGAUGGGGAAUCAAAUUUGUCGAGUCGAACAUAAUGAAUUCAAAGUUACUUUACGCCGAUGUACCUAUAGUUGAAUGGAACUCAUGCAAAACUAUUUUAAAAUUGGAAUUAGGAGAAAAUGAAAUUUGUGCUGGAGGAAAUACAAAGGAUUCCUGUCAAGGAGACUCGGGGGGACCUUUAGUGUGCUCUGGACAAUUAACAGGAAUUGUUUCGUAUGGUAUAUCCUGUGGGAUUCAAGGUAAUCCUGGAGUUUACACAGAAGUGGCUAAAUACACAAAAUGGAUCGAAGAGCAAAAAACAAGAUCAGCAAGCCCAAAAGAAGAAAUUAAUUUAGCACUAUUUAUAAUGCUAUUUCUUGGAGUUUUUGCUAAUUUGUGACGAUAAAGUUUGUAGAAACCUGUAGAUGUUUUGUAAUUGUAGUAUUUCAUAAUAAAAUAAAACAAUUUUAUUUGUGA